GAUAGAAAUUGUUUCUGCAAUGGAUGAAGGUGAUUUGGAAAACCAGAUGCAGAAGGAAAGGAUUCUAAACAGGAGGCAUGGAUCAGCUGAUGAUUUGACACAAUUUAUGCGUUCCAAGAGAGAACAGAUGCAAGAUGUAUCAAAAAACAAGAUAAACAUUGAAAGCCAAGAAAAUAUAUUAGCAUCUAGUUCAGGUAAUUCAAUUUUUAGUGAAAGUGAUAUGAAGUACUCAGAUUUUUACAAUACAACUAAGCAAGCAGUGAAGGAGCCUAGUGCAGAUGAGAUCAUGUUGAGUGAAUUGCGAUUGUGGAGGUCAAAAUCAGCUCCAGAUUUAACAGAUGAGACCAGCAUCACUGUUGCAACAGACUUUGAAACAUGUAUGAGAGAAAUGGAAUACCAACAUGGUCAGAUAGAGGAGGCAAAGAAAGGUGGUGGACAACAGAAUGACCUUAGUAGCUCGAUAGGUGAUAUCAACAGAGAUUCAAUGACCGGUAGUAUUAUAAGUGAAUCAGUUUUGGAAAAUGUAUUUACAACUUCCAAAAAUGUGGCAGAACCAACACCAGCUGAGCAGGCCAGGGAAGCAGGUUUGAAGUACAUACUUUAUCCUAAAAGAAAAAAGCCUAAGAAAGUAGUUGAUCCAAAACGCCUUCAAGAUAUUGAUAAGUUUUUGAAUGAAACCCCAACACAAUUACAAAGGUCGGAGAGUCUUCCAAUGUUUAGGUUUCCGUUGGAGUAUGAACUAAGAGUCCCUAAGUCUCUGAAAUCCCAAAAGAGGAACAGUCUUACCAAUGUUUUGGAUUUUGAUGGAUAUAUGGAGCAAAGAGAAGCAAGGUCUGAUGUUGAUGUGCGUGAGUGGGCUCGAGACAUCUGGAAUGUGUGGUUUGACAAAGUCUAUCCACCAACAGAGCCAGACAGUGAUGAGGAGUCAACUGUCACUAGUGUUGCUACUACCAAUGAAGCUGCCAACAAAAGGACAUCAAUUGCAAGCAAUGCCUCCUAUAAUAUAGACACCAUCGAUCCCUUGCCAGAUGUAGAGGAUGUGUUGUUAGAGGACUUGAUGGAAGAAGCUCAAAAUCUUAGUGACAUCAUUGACAUGGCAGACAAACCAUCACCAUUUGACCUCUGUAGAAGAGGGGCCAUUUAUAGAAAGCUUGGUAAUCUGAGGCUGUCCUGGCAAGACUUGAACCAAGCUAUUGAACUUGAGCCUCAGCUGAUGGAUGCUUACUGGCACCGCCACCUCCUUUACCUCCUCAGGAAGAAACCCACUAAAGCACUGGAAGAUCUUAAUAUCAUACUUAAGAUGAACAAAGACCAUGUUGGUGCCUACAAGUCAAGAGCUGAGAUAUUUUGCGAGAUGGGUGAGUUAACAAUGGCUAUAAUGAACUUCAGCCAAACCAUUAAACUGGACCCAGACGAUCACGAAGCUUACUACAAGAGGGCUCAGAUGUAUGAACAGAGAGGUGACAUGCUGCUGGCACUUGAGGAUUACAGAGAAGUUAGUCGUUUGAUGCCCUCAAAGACAGAAGCUGUUUUAAAACGUGGAGAAUACCAGUUCAAUGUCAAUAAAAAUUGGAUGGCAGCCAUCAAAGAUUUCACGGACAUGCUGGCGCAAGAACCUAAUAGUGCACUGGCUAGGGCCUAUAGAGGGCGUGCUUUUGCCAAGCAAGGCAUGUAUGGCAACGCUGUGGAGGAUCUGUCUGCUGCAAUUCACCUGGAUCCUCAAUGCAGUGCUCCAUACUUCUACAGAGGAUGUAUCCUUCGAAAAUGUCUUCCUAAGAAAGCUUUGAAAGAUUUCAGCGUUUCACUCUUGCUUGAUGAUUCCUUGGAUAACAUAAUGGCCUACAUGCACAGAGGCAUCUUGUACAUGGAACUCAACAGAUUUGAAGAUGCAAUGGCUGAUUUUGAGAGUGUCCUAAAGCUGGACCGCAACAUGGCUGCCGCUCACGUCAACCUCGGACUCAUCUACAUGACCAAGCUAAACAACUACCAUAAGGCAAUUCAGAAAUUCAGCAAUGCUAUCAAAGUGGAUCCCACCUAUGUACGAGCACUGGUGUGCAGAGCAAAGGCAUAUCAGCUUAUUCAUGAGUUAAAGUAUGCUCUGAUGGACUAUACGAGAGCAAUCCACCUUCGACCAGACCAGCAACAUUACUACAUGUACAGGGGAGAGAUUUUACUAGAGAUGAAGAACUUUGAGCUGGCAAGCUUCUGUGUACAGCAUGCUGCAGAGCUGAGUCAUGGCCUGGGACAGUCCCCCACCCAGCAAGCAGCAGUUCAAUCCUUCCUCCACAACUACAACAAGGCAAUAGAGACCCUGUCAACGGCAGCGAGACUCAAGCCUGCUGCACCGUUGUUUAUUCUGCUAGGGAAGACACAGAUGAAAGCAAAGCUGUAUAAACAGGCUGUAGAAAGCUUAGAAAAGGCAUUGCAAUUAAUGAUGUGUCAUCCUCGGAAACCGUGGAUGAUUGACAAGCAUGUGUAUCCUCCAGAAGCUGCUGAAGUCUACUUCCUGAUUGGCCAGUGCCAGACUGAGAUACCCAAUCACCUGAAGGCUUAUGAAGCGUUCAAUGAGGCCAUCAAGAUUGACCCAGAGUAUCCAGAAGCUUUCUACCAGAGAGGAUUGACUCGAAUGAAGCUUAGGCAAUCUAAAGGAAUCCUGGAUUUCAAUCGAGCGUUAGCACUUAAUCCUAAACUGUACCAAGCAUUCCUUAGCAGAGCUGCUUAUUAUGGAAUGAAAGGAAGAUACAGUAAAGCCAUCGUCAACUGCAAUGAGGCAAUCUUCCUCCAGCCAAAUAGUGUCAGAGCUUAUCUUUACAGAGGUGCCUUGAAGUACUACAUCAUGGCUUACAAAUUAGCCAUAAAGGACUUGUCCAAAGCCUUAGAGAUUGACAACCGAUGCUCACUGGCUUACUUCAACCGAGCUGUGUGCUACCACACCAUCAAACACUACCCCAAAGCCCUGAGAGAUUAUGGCAUUGUCCUCUUGCUGGGUGAAGAGAAUUCUCUAAAGGUUCUAAUUAACAGAGGUUUGAUGUACUUUGAGAGAAAAGAUUUUCAAAAUGCCAAAGAAGAUUUCACACAAGCCGUUAAGAUGGAACCAAGAAAUGUGACCAUAAGGCAUACACUUGGGUUAUGCUGUCAUAAACUGAAUGAAUUGGAGACUGCUGUGUUAGUGUACACAGAGGCCCUGGAGAUAGAUCCGUUCUUUCUUGAUGCUUAUAUUGGACGGGGCAACGCCCUCAUCGACUUUCAUCAUGAAAUAGCUGUCAGGAUGGCAAGACAAGACUAUGAGACAGCAUUACAUCUGGAUCCCCUAUGUCUUCCGGCAAGAGUGAACCUUGCGUACACACUGCAAGUGACUGGGAAAUUCCAACAGGCUUGGACCCAGUUCACAGCCUGUCUUCAAAUUAAUCCUAACUACAAGCCAGCAUUGGAAGGUCGUUCAAUCAUUUGUCUUCAGAUGAUGGACACAUUUGCUGCUCUGCUCGACCUAAAUGCUGCCCUCAAGGUUGCGGAAACUGCCGAGCUGUAUACGAAUCGUGGUGUUGUUCACCUGUUCAUGGAUGAUAGAGUGAAUGCAAUGAAGGACUUCAAAGCAGCCAUUAGAAAGGAUCCAUCUUUCGCACUUGCAUACUUCAAUUCUGCAAAUGCUUUCUUCCAGAAUAGACAGUUUGGCCAGGCGCUGGAUUAUUACAACAAGACCUUGAAAUAUAACAAGAAUGAUGAAGCAGCGAUGUUGAACAGAGCUAUAACAAAGGUGCUUCUAAGGGACUUUAGAGGAGCUAUUGAAGAUUUCUAUGAAGCCCAAAACAUGAGCCCAUAUUCCGCUCAUGUUUUUUUCAACAGGGGAAACCUUUACACCAUGCUACAGAAAUUUGAAUUAGCUGAGAAGGAUUACUCACAAGCAUUAAAGCUACAACCAGAUGAUGCUAUUGUACAUAAAAGACGUGGAGAUGUUCGUGGCAAACUAGGCAAACGUGAAUUAGCAAUGAAAGAUUAUAAACGAGCCGUCCAAAUCCAAAGCAAACGUCAGGUUACAAAAAAAUAAACCAAUAAGAAGGAGCUUUGAUGUAAUUCAAAAGAUAUGUUUUACAAUAUACAAAAGAUAUGCCUUAAACUGUAAUGUCCAGUAGAACCCAGAAAAAUGUUUUCCCUGUUGCAACUUCAACGCAUAAAAUUAAUUAAAAUGUAUACAUAUAGAUUUAUUUAUUUGAUAUAUUUCUCCAAGCUUGUUACUGUAAAUGAUUUAUUUCUUUUGUUGAUUUAAAAAAAAAAAUGAAUCAAACAGCUACCAUAUUUAUAUAAUGUAAUCCUGAAAAGAUGUCAGAGUAAUUUAAAUAAUUUGUACAUUUGUUCAUUUGAGAAUGAUGUAAUAUAAUACAAGAUGAUAAUUUUACUGAAUAUCGUCUGGUCCCCAUCAGGAUUCGAACCCAAGACCCUCAGUUAAUCUUAGUCCAGAUUAUCAAACUUGAGUUCCCCGAUGGAGGGGCCGAUGUUCCCGGCUAAAAAGGUGGGCUUGGUCGGGCGUCGCUCAGAAUCUCUCGAAAGUAUUUCGGGGUGGGGGGGGGGUGUUUUGUCAAAAAUAAUGUGAUAGUCUAAACAGGGUUUUAUACAGAAGUUAGCUCCGGCAAAGCAGCUUACUUCCUACUAUCUUCCUAUUAGUACAUAAUUUUCCUCAUGGCAUUGCAUAAUAUGGAAUAUCAUAUCAAUAAACAAGUAGGAAUUCAUUAGACCUACAUCAUAUUAAUGUUUCUGAGACAACUGCUUUGUGAUACAUGUAUCUACUUCAUGCAGUAGAAGCCCUUAUGAAUGAUUUUAUAGUUACAGAAUAGUAUUUUUGCUGUGCAAUUUCUUUUUUCAUUUAAUAAAAAAAAAAUACAACAAAUUUA